UAAAAAGGGUCGUCCUCGACGGUGUUGGGUGAGGUUUCUCUUCCCUCCUUUCUCUUCACUUUCUCUGCUCCUCAAGCUCCUUCGCACUCAAGAGCUCAAAGCACACCUUCCCCCGACCCAGCAUACUUUUGCCUCAGUUGAACGGCCCCAAGUGACACCGUCCCCCCACCACACAAACACCACUCCCAAUCUCUUGAGAGCCCACACCGGCCACAAGCCUCGUCACACCUUUCGACUUACCUAGGUUGUUUGCCCACUUGCACAUUUCAUCAUGUCUUCUGUCUACUCCAGCCAAUACUAUGCCGCUGGCGCCCUUCCCAUCCCUCCCAGCAAGGGCCAGUACCAGAGCCCCAGCUACUAUACCAGCGGCGACAGCACCUACUCGGUCUCGCCGCCGGAGGACCUGGAUGCCUCGGUCAGCUCUGCCUCCGGCUAUGGGAACAGCUACUCUGUGACCACUAGCUACGCCGGCAGCAGCCAAGGGGAGUACGACAGCACCGGCUCGGCGAGCGGCAUCGACCUCAAUGAAUACAUGCAGGAGCGGUUUGCCGCCACGUUUGACCCGAUCGCUCUUGACAAGUGCACCGCCAAGCAGGCCCAGACAUCUGGACAUCUGAAUGCCAAGCACCGCGAGUUGCUCGAGCUGCAGGCAAAGGCGCAAGCGCGCCUGGCCAAGACCCGCGCGCGGUUUGCGCAGGGCCUCGAGGAUGCGCGCGAAGUGCGCAAUGAUCUGGAAUGGACGCAGAAGAAGGUUGCGUCUCUGAAGGCGAAGGCGUCGAAAAACCACCCCAAGGAGUACUCCAAGGCGCGGGCGCGAUACCCGUCCCCGGAUAUGUACUAAUUUUCCACCCUCAAUUUUGCUCGCCUGGUGUUCCGGUCGAUUGGGACUUUUGAGCCUCAUUUACUCCACCGAUCUUGCAGACACUUGCAUUUGCAGUUGCCACAUUCGCAUUCGUUUCCAUGGGAAAAAGCGGAGUGGAGGGGGUGUGUGGGCAAGAGCCUUGCGGGAGAGGCGACGUUGCCCGCACGCGAGGCUGCAACCUCAGCCGCGCAUAACGCACCCCUCGCCGCUUUACGGGGCGUCCCCGUUCGCAUUACGGGGCGGCCGCACAGUAAACGGCGAGGGGAGGGGGCGUGUGUGCUAGGGUACCAACGGUUGGAUCAGGUUCCUGCAGUAUCUCGCCGUUUUGGGCCCCGAUCUCACGCCCCCUUCCUU